CUCUAAUUAUCAUCAUUCGUUGAGUUAAUCGUCACAAUAUAUACAAAUCUUCCAAGAUCACAAAAAAAUCCUUCUAUUGUUCUCGAAAAAAGACGAAGGAAAAUUUGAGUAUAUUUUUCCAGAUUCUUGAAAUUCCCUUCUUGCAGUUUUCGGUUAAUCAUUUACACUGAAAAUCAUUAAUUGUGAAAAUCAGACACUGAUUUGAGCUGUUUGAGUAAAUGGGGAGUAAGAACAGAGCAUUAAACAUGGGGAGAUUGUCAAGAAUCGGCAGCUAUGCCAUAGCUUCUUCGACUACGGACCCCUCUUGUAUUUCUUGCACGACUUUCAACAUCCUCGCGCCCAUUUACAAAAGGCUCAAUCACGAGGAUCCAAGCUUCAGAGAAAGUGAUGUUAAAGAUUAUUGGAUGGAUAGAAAUCAGAGGAUUUUGAAUUGGUUAUUGUGUGAGAGAUCUUCCAUAAUCUGUCUUCAGGAAUUCUGGGUUGGGAAUGAGGAGUUGGUGAGCAUCUACGACAAGAGGCUUGGUGAUGCCGGUUACCUCAAUUUCAAGCUUGCUCGGACGAACAAUCGCGGAGAUGGUCUGCUGACGGCCGUGCAUAAGGACUAUUUUAAGGUCAUCAACCACCGGGAGCUGCUGUUCAAUGAUUUUGGCGACCGUGUUGCUCAGUUAUUGCACGUUGAGCUGAACGCGCCCUUUUCACAAACUCUCAACGGUCACGUUCGUCAAGAACUUCUCAUAGUGAACACGCACUUGCUGUUUCCACAUAAUUCGAGCUUGUGCUUAGAGCGACUGCGUCAGGUAUACAAAAUAUUGCAAUAUGUGGAAUCGUAUCAAAAGGAAAACAAACUUAAGCCCUUGCCUAUCUUGCUAUGCGGCGACUGGAAUGGGAGUAAGAGGGGGCAUAUUUAUAAAUUUCUCCGAUCUCAGGGAUUCGUAUCGUCGUAUGAUACUGCUCAUCAGUACACUGACGCAGACGCGCACAGGUGGGUGAGCCACCGCAACCACCGUGGCAAUAUCUGUGGUGUUGAUUUUAUAUGGCUUCUCAACCCCAAUCGAUACCGGAAAUUGCUAAACGCUAGCUGGAGCGAGGCGUUGUUGGGGAUGUUCAAGUAUCAACUUAGGCGAGCUUCGCUGACGGAAGAAGAUGCGUUCGCGUUUCUGAAGGCUGAUAAUGACGGUGAUUUCAUCACGUACGCGGGCUUCUGUGAAGCGCUACGACAGCUCAAUCUGAUUGGCCAUUGUAACGGAUUGAGCAACGAGGAGAUACAGGGACUGUGGGUGCAGACGGACAUGGACGGGAACGGUGUCAUUGACUACAAAGAAUUUAAGCAACGGAUAUGGAACGCGUCGUGGUUCGAGCAAGGAGCUAAGGCGAACGACGAGGAUGCCACCGAUGCGGAGGAGGCGAUCGGAUUCAGCGUCAAGAACGCAGUCCUCUUCCCCACGGAGGUGGAGAAAGGGACGUGGCCGGAAGAUUACUCUCUCUCGGACCAUGCUCGGCUCACCGUGGUGUUCUCACCGGUCAGAAUGCCGUGCCCCCGACCGAUCACUUGACGACACCUGUUGCUCGUCACGGGGCUCACGCACCGACUAGAAAUCUCUUGAGGCCUAGGGUUGUUGGACCGAACUAUAUAUUAUUAAUCUCAGCGAAUCGAGCCAGGAAGGGUUCUAAUGAGGUCUGGUGCGUAGCCCGACAUCCGAUACGUCAUCGGCUGCUUAUGCGACCACGGGACGCGUUCGUUCCGCCUCCUCUGACGACGCCGCUUGGGAAACAUCAGAAGAUUACUACUCUAUGGAUGAAUGUUGUGAAAGGGAACACAACACUCUCUCAUUUUGUAGUGUUAGUGAGAUUGCAACCAUUUUUUUUGUGAUGUAAUACUCUUAUUCUUACUAUAUAAAUGUAUGCAAAUAUAUUUUGAAUUCUUGCA